AUGUACAUCUUUUAUAUUCUUUACAUCGUACUAUUGAUGCUGGAAUAUUUUGAUUGCGGAAGGAUUUAUAAGUCUCCGGUAACUUUAAAUCAAAGGGAGAUGCGUUACGCUGAUGGCCGAAAUUGUCAACGCAAUGGAGGAAAUAAUCAUAAAAAGCCGGAGAAAAGUAGCAGUAUCGCGCAAAAAGCUGCACAGGAAGCUAAAGCUGCUUCAGAAGCACAGAAUAUUGCUGGUCAGCAAGCAGCACGUCAAGUGAAAACACAGCUUGCCGAAAAAGCAGUACAAGCUGCGAAAGCUGCAGAAGAUGUACUCUCAGGGAAGAAAGUAAUAGUACAGCAACUGCAAGAAGAAGUAAGAGAAGCACAAUCAGUUGUGCAGGAAGAGUCCUCGUCUCUGGAACAAGAACAAGCCAAUGUUAACGCUGCUUUACAAGCGGCGCGGCAAUCUCAAGAUCAGGUAAAGACACUGACACAUGCAAUGCAAACAGCCAAGGCAAACGCAGCCAACGCACAGGCCGCUGCAACUGGAGCUCAAAAAACUGCACGAGAGAAAGAGGAAUUGUUAGAUGCGGCGAAAAGGCGGGCCGAAGAAUUGUCGAAUCAGCUGAGAGUUGCUAGGCAGGAACUCGCUAAUACAAACCGUGCGGCUAAUAAAGCGAAUGCUGCAGCUAACGAAGCAAAAGUUAAUGCUAACAGAAAUAAAAGGCGAUUAGAAAACAUUCGGAGGACAAGAACUAUGAAAAGAGAACAAAUUUAA